GUGAACUCCAACGGAUAGAAAUGGCUUUCGACAUCAACAAGAUAUUACUGAUGAUCACACAGUUCGUUGCGAGUCUCUUUGACAGGAAAUAUUCCUCGUGGCCUUCCCUAUUGUUUAGAGUCAUGAUAUGGUACAAACGUCUGAAAAGGGGUGUGACAGUUAAAUACAUUGAGAAAGAUGGCUACAAGUUCUGUUACUUCUCCCGUGGGGAGCCUGGAUCCCAGCCAUCGGUGUUGAUGCUUCAUGGGUUCUCGUUCAACAAAGACAUGUGGUUAAAUGCCAUCAAACUUUUUCCUAGAGAGGUCCACGUGGUUUGCCUUGAUAUGCCCGGUCAUGGAAAAACUACUCGCCUGCUGGCAGAAAACUAUACCGCAGUUGAGCAAGCUAAAAAAAUACACCAGUUUGUUGAGUGGACUAAUCUAAACAAGAAGCCUUUCCACCUGGUUGGCAUGUCCAUGGGUGGAAUGAUUGCUGGUGUUUACGCUGCCCUCUAUCCAUCAGAUGUCUGUGCUUUGUCCCUCCUCUGCCCACCUGGGCUGCAGCAUACGGUGGAGAGUGAAUUCAUCAGGCAUUUGAAGGACCUGCGGAAAUCCAGCAACUCACACAACAACCCUCUCAUUCUUAUGACUGUACAACAGGGAGAAGACUUACUUAAACUGGGGUUGUACCAGCCCAACACCAUCAACAUGCAGCUCCUUAAGGGGUAUCUUGAAGAUCGGAGACCACACAAGUCUUUUUUCUUAAAAUGCUUUUUAGAUAUGACCAGCAUGGCGUCCAGGUAUAGCCUUCAUGACAACAUGAGCAAAAUCAAGGCUCCUACUCAGAUCAUCUGGGGAAAGGAUGACAAGGUGAUGGAUCCUUCGGGAGCAGAAAUCUUAGCCAAAGGCAUUCCAGACUCCCAAGUGCAUAUGCUGGACAAAUGUGGACACUUCAUAACCCUGGACAGACCUACAAAAUCAGGAAAACUUCUUCUAGAAUUCUACAAUUCAGUUUUUGGCGUAGCUAGGAACACGACACUUCCACAUGUCUGGCUUUUCAAAUCAUGGAUUUUUAAAUUAUCUCUAAGACUUCUUUCAGAGCUGAGACCAGCACACAAGGAUUAGGAGACAUGGGAUAUCAGAUGGGAUAGCUACCUUCUGAGCCACACAUCAGUCCAAGAGGCAUGGAUUGUACUAGUUUACAACAGUAUUUAUCAAUGACUGAAU